AUCGUGUUUUGAUUGAACCAAGUUUGUCGUUAACAAAGGGAGGUUUAGCAAACAAUUUAGAAAUGUAUGACACAGAAGAGGAUAGGUGCAGUAUAUACCCAGCAGUGCUGCCUUAUGGAAGUGAUAUCAGGGCUUGGGUGCAGCACUUUGUGGAGGACCAAUUGCACACCACUAUGUGGAAGGGUGUGCUGAUUGGAAUAGCAGUUGCAGUCUCAUUCAUUAGUGUUAUUAUAUUCUUUGUGUACAGAAGAUACAGAGCAAAGCAACAACAGGCUGGAGUCCCUAAAUAUCGUUUCAGGAAAAGGGAUAAAGUGAUGUUUUAUGGCAGGAAAAUAAUGAGAAAGGUGCAGACCUUAUCUUCACCAGCAAAUUCAGGUCCAGUAUCUCAAAAGCGAACCCGAAAGAGACCCAAAGUUCUCUCGAUAGCACGCAAGAUCCUGCGCAUUCGUCGGGAACCGCCCACCCUCCAGCCAAAAGAGCCACCUCCUUCCGUCUUGGAGGCGGACUUGACUGAGUUUGAUGUGCAGAACUCUCACCUGCCUUCGGAGGUCCUGUACAUGCUGAAGAAUGUCCGGGUUCUCGGUCACUUUGAGAAGCCUCUGUUCCUGGAACUGUGUCGCCACAUGGUAUUUGUGGAACUGCAGCAGGGGGAGGGCCUCUUUCGGCCCGGGGACAUUGACGACAGCAUCUUUGUGGUGCAGGAUGGCUCCCUGGAACUCUGCAUUCAUGAGAGUGAUGGCACAGAACUUGUGGUUAAGCAUGUGUUGCCUGGAGAUAGUGUUCACAGUCUGCUCAGCAUCCUGGACAUUAUCACCGGAUACCCGGCUCCCUAUAAGACCGUGUCGGCCAAGGCUGCAGCUCCAUCCACCGUGCUCCGUCUCCCCGCUGCAGCCUUCCAGUCUGUGUUUGAGAAGUACCCAGAGACUCUGGUGCGCGUUGUUCAGAUCAUCAUGGUGCGACUGCAGCGUGUCACCUUCCUUGCUCUGCACAACUACCUGGGACUGACCACUGAGCUCUUCAACCCGGAGAGUCAGGCUGUCGUUCUGGAUACUGUGGCCGGUGUGCUGGGGGAGGGCAGUCUCGUCCGCCCCCAUCGCAGGCACUCCCACACGGAUGAGGAAGCAGCUGCUCACGGAAGUGCGGAGACUCACGCCGAUGCAGGUACGACUCCAGACGAUGGUGUGCUCAGGCCGACACAGAGCCCCUCGGCCUCCGUCAGGAAGUCCCGCUUUGUGAUGGACAGCUCACUGUCAGGCAGGUCAGGGACAGGUGACCUUAAUCAGGUUCCCUCAUGCUCAGGUGCUUAUAAGUCUAUUUUGAAGAAGUCUGUGACCAUGCAGCCAGCUCCCUCUGCGGUGUACCACUUUUCGGACACUGGGGGGCACUGCGGCCAUGUUCACCACAGCAAAGUCAACGCGAUCUUUCAGGCUGCUAAGAAAGACCUGCUCAAAAUCAUUCAGCUUCAGGACCCCAGUCUUCUGGAAGGGAGAGUAACCCUGAGGCAGGUCCGAGCUGGGUGUGUUGUAGCAAAUCAAGGAGACCAGGAUGUGAGCAUGCAGUUCGUGAUCUCAGGCGCACUGCACGUGCACCAGCGGAUGAUCGACCGAGAUGAGGACACGUGUCUGUUCGUGACUCACCCUGGGGAGCUGGUGGGCCACCUAGCUGUGCUCACCGGAGAGCCACUUAUCUUCAGCGUGCGUGCCCACCGUGACUGCAGCUUCCUGUCCAUCUCCAAAACGCACUUCUAUGAGAUCAUGCGGGUGGAGCCACGGGUGGUGCUGUAUGUGGCUCACACAGUGGUGCGCAGAGUCUCCUCCUUCGUCAGACAGAUUGACUUCGCUCUUGACUGGAUGGCAGUGGAGGCUGGAAAGGCCGUUUACAGGCAGGGUGAGAAGUCAGACAGCACCUUCAUUGUGUUGAGUGGGCGUCUGCGUUCCGUCAUCCUGAGGGAUGAUGGGAAGAAGGAGCUGGCUGGCGAGUACGGGAGGGGUGAUCUCAUCGGAGUGGUGGAAGCCCUAACGCAGAUGAACAGGGCCACCACCGUGCAUGCAGUCAGAGACUCUGAGCUGGCCAAGCUGCCCAAAGGGGCCCUGAACUCCAUCAAAAGAAAAUACCCCCAGGUUGUGACAAGACUGAUUCACCUCCUCGGUCAGAAGAUCCUUGGAAACAUGCAGCAAGUUGGUAGACCUCUUUCAGCUCAUAGCCUGGGCCUGCACACCUCUGGCAGUAACUGGGAUGCAGGUAACCCUGCCUCCAACCUGUCCACCGUCACCAUCCUGCCUGUGUCGGAUGAGGUGCCCAUGACUGCAUUUACCCUGGAGCUCCAGCAUGCCCUCAGUGCUAUCGGUCCCACUUUGCUCCUGACUAGUGACAUCAUCAAACAGCGCCUGGGCACUGCAGCUCUGGACAGUGUGCACGAGUAUCGCCUGUCCAGUUGGCUGGGCCAGCAGGAGGACAUCCACCGGAUCGUCCUGUACCAGUCGGAUGGCACACUGACCCCCUGGACCCAGCGCUGCAUUCGGCAGGCCGAUUGCAUUCUCAUCCUGGGGCUUGGGGAGAUGGAGCCCACUGUGGGAGAGCUGGAGCGGAUGCUGGAGGGCAGCGCAGUGCGGGCUCAGAAGCAGCUGGUGCUCCUGCACCAUGAGGACGGGCCUCCGCCACGCGGAACAGCCGAGUGGCUCAACAUGCGGAGCUGGAUAUCCAGGCACCUACACCUGUCGUGCCCACGCCGGGUCUUCAGCCGACGCAGCCUGCCCAAGCUGCGUGAGAUGUACCAGCGUGUGUUCGAGAAACUUCCGGAUCGCCAUUCCGAUUUUUCCCGCUUGGCCCGUGUUCUGACGGGAAACGCCAUCGCCCUAGUGCUGGGCGGAGGGGGCGCCAGAGGCUGUUCUCAGGUAGGCAUCAUUCGGGCUCUGUGUGAGGCUGGCAUCCCUGUCGAUCUGGUGGGCGGCACUUCCAUUGGCUCCCUAAUGGGGGCGCUGUUCGCUGAGGAGAGGAACCACAGUCGUUUAAGAGUCAGGGCGCGGGAAUGGGCCACGGAGUUUGGAUCAGUGUUUAAGAGGAUCCUGGAUCUAACAUACCCGGUCACAUCCAUGUUCACUGGGGCCUCUUUUAACUCCAGCAUCAGCAGCAUGUUUAAAGACAAACAGAUCGAGGACCUCUUGAUUCCAUACUUUAACAUAACUACAGACAUCACUGCAUCUUCCAUGAGAGUGCACACAGAUGGUUCUCUGUGGAGGUAUGUGCGUGCCAGCAUGUCUCUCUCAGGUUAUUUGCCUCCUCUCUGUGACCCUAAAGAUGGACAUUUACUCAUGGAUGGUGGAUAUAUCAAUAAUCUGCCUGCUGACGUAGCUCGCUCCAUGGGCGCCAAGGUGGUGAUCGCUAUUGACGUGGGCAACCAGGAUGAGACCAGCCUCACCAACUAUGGUGACUCGCUGUCCGGGUGGUGGUUGUUGUGGAAACGACUGAACCCCAUGGCAGAGCGAGUGAAGGUGCUGAAUAUGGCAGAGAUCCAGACACGGCUGGCUUACGUGUGCUGUGUGCGCCAGCUUGAGUCAGUCAAGGAGAGUGAAUACUGCGAGUACAUCCGGCCCGCCAUCGACCGAUUCGGGACUCUAGACUUCGGCAAGUUCGACGAGAUUGCCGAUGUGGGCUACCAGCAUGGGAAGACGGUGUUCGACGUGUGGUGCCGUAGUGGUGUGGUGGAGAAGAUGCUGAAGGACCGACACCAAGAGGAGUUCCACAAGAGCAGGAGCACGAACGUGGUGACCUGUCCAAAUGCCUCCUUCACAGACCUGGCCGAGAUAGUGUCCCGCAUAGAGCCAGUGAAGCAGGCCGUUGUGGAAGAGGAAUCGGAGUACCAGACAGACUAUGAGGAUGAUGUGGUUCUGUCUGAUUUCGACCUGUCCAAUGCCAGCAGUGAGCAUGAGCAUACUGAGGAAGAGGAGGAGCUGCACACGGACGAGGAAGAGACAGCAGACACAGUUGAUACAGAUGAGGAAAUCAGGAUUUCAAGAAGACAAAGACGACACCGGAAAUCCAACCAGACGAGUCACAUUACUUAUUGACCGGAGAUGCUUCAUAGUGUUGUUCAGAACAUAGUGUUGUUCAUGUUUUUUUGCAGAUGUUCUCUGUGAUGAGACGAAUCAGACUGUAGUGUCUUACAUAAUGACAGCGAAGUUGAGAAAUUUGAUGUAUUUUGAAUUUUAAUGUUUCCUGCAUCAGAUGGGAUACAUAACUAUUAAUGAAUGUACAGUCAGGGGUUUGUAAGCUUGGGUGUUUCUUGCUUUGUUGCACACAACUCAUGAAGGACUUAAUAAGGAACUGCAGCUGUAGAACCCUUCAGUGUGCAGUGCUCUGGUCUUUGCUGAAACUGCAUUCCUGCCAAAAAGCAAUAUUGAACUAAGGAUCAACAGCUGCAUGUAUAUACACACACACAAACAAAUGCAACACAACACUUACAGCAUUACUGUAUCAUUUCUUUGAGUACAAACAUAAUCUGUUCAACCACAGAAGACUGUGGUCAGGAUACAAAUUUCUUUUUUUCUAAUGCAAACCUUUCAAAACAAUUAUCAUAUAACAUUUUUAGACGUUCCCUUUUGUUGUGUUUAUAUCCAUGACCAUGCUGAAGAGAUAAACAGUACUGGAUUUCAACAAAGGAUCGUUAUUUGUAGUUGACAGUAAAAAUAUUGUAGUUUCAUUAUUAACAGACAUUGUGCAAAAUAUAGCCUGGUCAUCUUAGCGACGUUAUCUACCGGGUCGCGUGGUGGGGCUGAUAUUUAACCAUCUUACUUAAUCUGGGCAUAUUUAACUGUUUCCUGUACUGUCAAUAUGUUUGUUUAGCCACAUGGUCCUAAAUUUAUCAUGGAACUAACAACGGCUUCCAUCACAGAAAUAGAAUGUGUUGUUGAAACUAAACUGAUUCGAAGGCGAAUGCUUCCGUGUCUUCGUUCCAAAGAACCUGUCUGAAGAGUUCUGUUUUUUGCCUCGUGACGUUAACCAUCAUGACGGACGACCAGUAGUAGAAAGGACAGCUUGGAAAAACUCAACGGCUCAGUUCUGCGACGAUGAGUUUGCUGGCGGUUCCACCUCGUUUGCUGCCUCUCCGGCAGCAACGAGUUCGUGUACAAAAACUAGGUAAACACAUCCAGUUUUA